GUGACAUCGAUGACAUUACAGCGCGGGAAACCAAACGUCAAAAUAAUCGGAUCGUCAAAAAUCAACGGUGUUCACGUAAAUAAAUGAAAAUUGGGAGUGUUUUAGAAGCAAAACAUGGAAGAAUUGAGCAGUAGAGUGCCUUGUCGAGAGGACCAACUAAACGAUUUGUUGCAUUUCUUCGGCGAGUACGAUGAGCCGCUCCCUUGUUCAUUGUAUAUCAGCGGAAGUAUGGGCACUGGUAAGAGUUUGUGUAUUACAUCUGUGCUGCGUUAUUUGGGCUACAAACAUGUUAUUGUUGAUUGUAUCGAGUGCUACUCGGCCAAAAUAAUGUACGAAACUAUACUUAACUCUUUGGAAGACGACGAGAUUGAAACGAAAUGCGAGUCGAUAAUGGAUUUUACAAACGCUCUGAAUCGUAUUGGACAUAACCUAGUACAGUACCAGCCUAUUGUUUUAGUGUUUGACAGAGCUGAACGGCUAAGAAACAUGGAUGAAAGUGUGAUAUCGGCUCUUUUGCGCCUCCGUGAACUUUGUAACCUCAACAUCUGCACUGUAUUUGUAACUCAUUUAGUGUACGACAAUUUCUAUUUCAAAAUGGGCGUUCGCGAGCCUCUUAAAAUGUACUUUCCCAAUUACAACAAAGAAGAACUCUUUAAAAUUAUAUUUCUACACCAAAAGUCUUUUGUGAGGCAUGUUUUGAGCAACGCUGCUGUUGACAAUGAGAUCAGAAUUGAACUAGAAAGGCCUGAACUAUUUGCAAACUUUCUAAAUGCAUUUCUAAGCGUUUUCUAUAGACCGUGUCGAGACUUGAUUGAGUUGCAACAUAUGGCUAGAGUCAACUUUGUAAAAUACUGUGAGCCGAUCAUAAGGAAUGAAAUCCAAGCACAAGAUUUAUCAAAACUGUGGCGCCACAUAUCCCCAAUAUUGAAGACCAGUUUAGAACUCUUGUAUUUGCGGAUAAGUACCAGUAAGUCACAUAAACCAUCGCCUGGUAAAGAAAAUAGUGACUCAAUAGAAUCUCAGAGCUACAACUUUGAAAACACUUUAAAGGAAGAACUAACUUCGACGAAAACAUUUGCACAGAGCUUUGAGCUGCCAUACUAUGCUAAAUAUUUGUUAAUAGCUGCAUACUUGGCAAGUUACAACCCUCCGAAAGAAGACAAGAGACUGUUUAUGAAAUACCAUGGAAAGCAACGAAAAAGAUUGCAACAAGUAAAAGCGAAGGCAAAAAUUAAUGAGAAAUUGAAUACCCAGCUUGGGCCUAAAGUGUUUACUUUGGACCGGUUGCUGGCAAUAUUUUAUGCUAUUUUAGAGGAAAAGAUUGGUCUUACAAGUAACCUGUUGGCACAGAUUGCUACUUUGGUGGAACUCAAACUAAUUGCUGGAAGCAAGGAAAUUGAUUUGGAUGCAGCUAAAUAUAAAUGCAUAGUGGGUUAUGAUUUUAUAUCAGCUGUGGCUCAAACUGUUGGUUUUAAUGUUCGAAAAUAUCUGUAUGAUUUCAUGUGAUGUUUAGAUUUUCUAGAUUUUAAGGUUUUU